AAGAAGUGCUGUCAAACCGCCGGGCCCAGCGGCCGUCGGCGGAGCCUUUAGUUUUCUGCUGAGUGGCUGGGGCAGGAGAAGUCCGAGGAACAGGAGGAGGAGGAGGAGGAGGGCGUGCACCUGCCAGCUCAGACAGGUAUCUUGAAUGAUUUAGCAUGGAUCCUGUUGCUAGUCACAGCUGCCACCUCCUCCAGCAGCUCCAUGAACAGCGAAUUCAAGGCCUUCUUUGUGACUGUAUGUUGGUGGUAAAAGGAGUCUGCUUUAAAGCACAUAAAAAUGUUCUAGCUUCUUUCAGUCAGUAUUUUAGGACAUUAUUUCAGAAUUCUUCGGGCCAGAAGAAUGAUGUUUUUCAUUUGGAUAUUAAAAAUGUAGGAGGCAUAGGGCAGAUACUGGACUUCAUGUACACUUCUCACCUAGAUCUUAACCAAGACAACAUACAGACUAUGUUGGACAUAGCACAAUGUUUACAAGUACAAAAUGUACUGAAUAUGUGUCAUGCAUUUUUAAAAUCUACUGCAAUGGAGCAGUCAUCCAGCUUACCUUGUAAUAGUGCAUUCUCCCUGCCCAGUACUCUGGCUACUGAUGCUAAUGGUGUUAUGAGUGAAAACUACCCUCCUCAUCUGCUGCAAGCAUGUUCAUCAGGUGCACAGCCUCAUAAGGUUUUGGAUGGCCAUCCUUCCCACGGACCACAAGCAAUUCAUCUUCAUAAUUCCUCAGGUGAAGGACCAAAACAGACAACUAUAGAUGGCAGCUGUACUGAACUUCCAUUUAAGCAGUCAAAUUACUAUUACAAACUAAGAAACUUUUACAGUAAACAGUUCUAUAAACAAACUUGUUCUAGUCAUGAACGAGUUGUUGAACAGCCCUUUGCUUUCAAUUCCUCUACAGACCUGAACUCAGUAGAAAACCAUACCUGUACUGUCAGUCCCUCUGAAUGUAUCUUGGAGUCUUCAGAACACCUCCCUUCUAAUUUCCUCGCCCAACCUUUGAAUGAAGUUGCUCCAGAUCCAGAGUCUGAUAGCACAUCAUUGCAGCCUGCUGAACAGAGGAGACUGAAAAAAGCUAUCCACCUUAAGAAACUAAGCUUUCUAAAAUCUCAGAAGUCUGCAGGACAGUCAUCUGAAGUGAAAGCAGAUCAUAGUCUAGCAAAAGGGACAGCAGAGUCACCCCUAGUUAAUGAAAGACCUGUAGAGAAAGCUAGUAGUCAAGAGACUGAAGAAAGAGAAAGGGAAGAAAUCAUUCAUUCAGAUAAUUUUGACUGUGCUGCUGAAAUUGAAAGGACUGAGGGCAUGGUCAUCUUGAAAGACCAGUCACAAACUCUUCAUUUGCAAAGACAGUAUACUUGUGACCUAUGUGGAAAGCCUUUUAAACAUCCAAGCACUUUGGAGCUUCACAAACGGUCUCAUACAGGUGAGAAACCUUUUGAAUGUAACAUUUGUGGGAAACACUUCUCCCAGGCAGGCAAUCUACAGACACAUUUACGUCGUCAUUCUGGUGAAAAACCCUACAUCUGUGAAAUCUGUGGUAAAAGAUUUGCAGCCUCUGGUGAUGUCCAACGUCACAUUGUUAUUCACUCAGGAGAAAAGCCACAUUUGUGUGACAUCUGUGGUCGAGGGUUUAGUAACUUCAGCAAUUUAAAGGAGCACAAAAAGACUCACACUGCUGAGAAAGUCUUUACCUGUGAUGAAUGUGGGAAAUCUUUUAAUAUGCAACGCAAGCUGGUAAAACACAGAAUUAGGCACACUGGCGAGCGCCCAUAUAGCUGUUCUGCAUGCGGGAAAUGCUUUGGGGAAUCAGGUGAUCUACGCAGGCAUGUCCGAACUCAUACUGGAGAAAAGCCAUAUACAUGUGAAAUUUGUAACAAAUGCUUCUCUCGAUCUGCUGUGCUACGUCGACACAAAAAAAUGCAUUGUAAGACUAGUGCUGAGAGUCCAACAGCACACGAUGAAUUUCUGCAAGCUGAUGACACAUCUGAUCUUGAAAAGUCUCAGAGCUCAGAUUCCUUUUCCCAAGAUAUGUCUGUUACUAUGUUGCCAGGAUCUGUGAAACUUCCUGUUCGUCCAGUGGAAAAUUGUUCAAUGGAAUUUGAUAGCAAUUCAUCAGGUUCCUACUGCAAGUUAAGAUCCAUGAUCCAACAAAAUGAAGUUACUGAGCAGGAGAAAUUGAGUCUAGAUGCUGCCAAACUGUCCAAACCUCAGAUGCAGCAAACACCUCAUCAGUCUUAUACUUAUCCAGAGGUAGUUACAUCCACUGUAGAAGAGCCCCUGCAGCCUGAUAGCAUUUCCAUGAUUCGUUCCUCAAUGGCAACCCUUGACAAUCAUUGUAAUGAUCCACUGAGCAACCGGCCAUCAUCUGCAACUUACAGGAGCUCUGAAGGACCUUUUUUUUCUAGCAUGACUCUUUGGGGUUUAGCUAUGAAGACUUUACAAAACGAAAAUGAGUUAGAUCAGUAGCAUACAUUAAUUCUCAUUCAACUUGGAACUUGUAAGACUAGGGUCACAACAAGAUUUUUGAACCACUUUUCACUUUCCUUGUCCCAUUCUAACCACUGUAAGAAAACGUGACCAACUCCCUACCUUUGGGUGUAGAGAAAGGGCAAGUUAGUCAACUUUGACUCAAUCAUUAAGGUAAAGCACAGAAUCAUAGUCACAGCAUAUAGUAUCUGGGGGAGACCUAAUAAGUCCUCUAUUCCAUUUAUAAAUAGGAAAACUGAAAUAUUCUUCCCCUUCUUACCUCCUCAUCUCCCCCAAAAGAAAUGAUCUGUCCAGUAGGGCAGAAAUGUCAGAUGUGGAAAAGAUUUCAGAGAUCGUAUCCAACCUUCUCAUUUUACAAAGGAAACUGAAGAGAGAUGAGAACUUACCCAGGCUUAUAUAUAGCCUAGUUUUUCUUUCUUUUUUUUAAUCCCAUACCUUAGUAUUGAUUCUAAGACAAAAGGGUAGUAAGGGCUAGGUAAAGGGAGUAAAGUGAAGUUCCCAGAUUCACACAGCUAGGAAGUAUCUUAAGGCCAGACUUUGAACCCAGGUCCUCCCAAGUCCAAGCCUGGUACUCUAUCCACUAUUUUACCUAGAUGCCCUGACCCUGGGUUUUCAACCCAGUUUUCCUAACUACAGAUCCACUUUUCAUUUCCAUAUCCUAUAUGUUGGCAGAUAAAUAGCCUGAGUUAGAAAAAACAGAAGGUUUAUAAACUAGAUUUACAUGAUAUUGAAAACACUUUAUAACUGCCAUGCAUUUUUUCUGAGUCAGGGUAAAAACUGUGUAUCCAAAAUUUUAUUUUUACAUUUUUUAAAACAAGACUUGCAUUUUCAGUGUUUUUAUAUAUUUACACACACACACACACACACACAUUUAAAAAACCUAAAUAUUUUGCACAAAAGUUUUAUUUGUAUAUGUAACUCAUGCUGUAAGUUAAUUUAAUAAAUGGAAACUACCUUUCUAUAUGGUAGGAUAUAAGGCUCUA